GGGGGGUCGCCAUGGCCGCCAUGGCGGCAAAAAGUCCUCCUGAUAGUACUCCAAGAAGGCCUGUUUUAUCUGUCAGUGCAAGAAAAAUUAAAGAUAAUGCAGCAGACUGGCAUAAUUUAAUGAUGAAAUGGGAGAGACUGAAUGAUAAUGGAUUUACUACAGCAAACAAAAUAGUCAACAUGAGGAUCAGUGAGCAAUUUCAAGACAACAAACUGGAGAUAGCAUGUGAUAACAGUGCCACAGAACCUGAAAAGCCAACCCCAAAGUACAAUGAAGAGCUGGACAAUUGCUGUGCAGAAUUACUUGAGACUUUAAAGCAUAUGACAAAAAUACAACUGAAAAUGGAAAAGCUUACUUCAACUACUAAAGCAAUCUGUGAUUUGGAAACAUUCCACCACGGAGCUGGGAAUUGCACAGCACCCUUCUUUCAUACAUGGCCCACACCAUACUUCUAUGAGGUUUCUCUGAAGCUGUCUGAAAUGUACAAGAAGGAGCUACAACUCAAGCAAACAAUUGUACAAGACAUUGCUCAUUCUGCUGACCAGGAUCUGAUGAUGGUGUAUUUAUCCUCGUGGUUGUACCAGCCUUACAUUGAGAACAGCAACAUGCUGCUGCUUGAAGCCAUGCUGCUGGAAACAGGACACAGGCAGUGCUAGAAUUCCAGAGGUUAAAUGGCUGGCUUCUAGUGAUGCUUAUAUGAAACUGAAUUGGUGUAUUGCAAGGCUUACCAAGUAAGUUGAUUUUUUUGUAAAACUUAUUAAAAAUAUUUUUCGCUAUUCAUAUUCCCUACUUUGUCUCAGCUGAUAGUCCUUUUUCUGCAUGGGACAAUCUAGUUUUGGUUGUUUUUAUCUAUUUUAAGGGCAAACAGAGGCUACAGGUAGGAAGCUAAAUCAUCUGUAGUUAGAAAGAGGUAAGCACUGCUUGGUCUGGGGGAUUCAAUGCAUAUAGAAGCUACAGCAAAAGAUGUUACUUCUUCCCAAGUCUGGACAGCCUAAAAUACCUACACGGUCCCUUUUGCCAUAGAAAUUCAGCACUUCUUGAUCUGUCAUCAAGAGGUAUUUUUUUUGCAUGAAUUAACAGGGCAAGUAUUUUUGUACUUGCUUUAUAAGUGGAGGAAAGGAAAGCAGAAAAAAAAAAAAAAGAAUCCAAAAGGAUUAGUUUGGUAUGUGAUUUUGAAAUGCUGUUGCAGACAAUAGUGUAAAUUCUGGUUUGGUUUUGAUUCUGGCAUUGUUGGGUACAUCAUCCUCAAAGAGUGAUCCAAGCCUGAACCAGCACCUGGGGAAGUUUUAGUACAACUCAGCAUUCUACAGUCAUUAUACAAUAAGGUCUUUUCCCUUUUAAUUAACAAUCUUUUUUUUUUUUCAGAGAUGUUUCAUGAAAGCAUCUGUUGAAUAAAACAAAACCUGCUUUAGUCAAGGCUGUAUCACGUCUUGUUUGCUCCUUGUAAUAGAGCUCAGUGAGUUUUUCCUUGGGCUACUGUUAUUGAUGUCAGGUGGUUUUGGUUUGAAGGUUGUCCCUCCCUCUGUACUGAUGGAAAAGCAGGGUCACUUAUCUAAUUAGCCCCAAGCUGAAAGGCUUAGUAAGGGAAAUACAUCAGUUUCCUCCAGUAACAGGAGAGAGACAUGUAUUGGAAAGUUUUCUUGGAAUGUUGCUGUGUUGAACAAUGAGGUUGUUUCUGGCAGCUAAUAAGAGUUCUAUUCUUAGCCCACAGUUCCAGCAUCUAAAAAGAAAUUCUGCUGUAGAUAAAGGAGAGUAAAGUUAAGAACAGCUUUGUUGGGUUUUGUUAUUUUUUCAGUGGAAGUGUUCCACUUAGUUUAACAGCCACCUUAAUUCAUCUGAGUUGGGCCAGACCUGUGUCACUAUGGAAACAUCUCAGUACUUAAAAAAUAUUUUCCAGGGAUAAAAGAUUGGUUCACAUAUAGAACUGUUCUUAUAAGAUGAGAGUAGGUGUAUUGUAUUUCCCAGCAUGGGCAAAUUGAUAGGGAAGGCAAAAUUGAAGCAAGUUUUCAUUUUUUGCCCAGGUGGAAAUUGUGGUUUGUUCUCAUUUCCUAAGAGGAAAAAAGCUCUUCAGGAAGAGGUUUUCGCAUUCAUAAGACCCUCUUGCUUAUUGUCUGUUGUUGGGCAUUGGAAGAUUACUGCAAAAUCAUUGCAGAGAUGUUUUGUCAUUCUGACUCUAAGCAGUUGAUUGUUAUAUUUGUAGCCCUCAAAUAUAAUUAUUAGACAGUCAGUACAAAAGAGUAUCAUAAAGAAUUGCUCACUGCAAUCAAAGACUUUGAAGGACCAGCAGAACUUUGCUUUGUACGCUACGUUCACUUACAAGAUAGAUCUGUAUCCUC